AAGGAUUUAACCAUUAGCCGGAAGAACUCACGCAACUAUGGCCGCAGGUCUGUAAUAGCCUCUGCAUCCUCCACCUCCCCUUCGCCGGUGCACCCACUGCGUUGUGUCUCGCCACAGAACCAUACAGGUUCACCACACGAGAGUCCCAGAAACCUGUCACCGAUUCAGCAUGGUCACUUUGCUUUCCAAGCCAUGCGAAGGUGUGAUGGUAGACGCUGGUCUUUUGCUUCCAUCCCUUCAUCGGGUUAUGGAACAAACACGCCGGGCAGUUCCAACGUUUCGUUUCACCUCUUCCUCCCCUCAUCUCACCCGCAGUCACGCUACUCCUCCCAGGAGAGACUGCACCAGUUCCCCUCCCAACCCACGGCCGAGGAGCUGCACUUCCUGUCCAGCCACUUCGGCAGCUCCGAGAACGUGCCGACGUCUCACGACGACAGUGACCUUCACCUGCACGCCAACCUGAGGCCAAGGUCCCGCAGUCUGAG